AUGAUAGACAGCAUUCCAUUCAAUGUCAAUAUGAAUGUUGGCAUUAUAGAUUCAGUUCAUUCCUCAGAUAUUCACACUGACAUUGAAGCACUGAAAGCUGUGGUUGCUGAACAGUCUACAUUGCUGAGAUCGUUACAAGCAAGUGUUCAAGAACUUCAGGAGAAAAACAAUUUUCUUGAAAAUGCAUAUGUAAAAGAAAGUCAUGAGCUUCAGUGGCUAAAAAAGACGUUACAAGAACAGAAACUAUUAUAUGUGUCACAGCCAAACAACAUUUCAAGAAACGAAGAACUGAACAUCAAAGACUCUAAAAAUCAUGAGGAGGAAACUAUUGGAAGUUAUCAAUCUGUAACAUUAUCAACGCAUGCCCAGCAUGAGGAACUGCACGAGCAUCUGAGAAUCAGAGCAAGUCGACUGUUAACUGGGAGUCUUCAAGAAGAUCAUGUAGCAUUUACUGCAUUUCAUGGUGGAAGUAAUGAGAAAAUGAGCGUUGGACAGACAAUUGCUCUCAGUGAUAUUAGACAAAAUAUCGGAGGAAGUCUGCAUACAAACGGCAUAUUCGCAGCUAGGACGCCAGGGAUUUACGUCUUUUUCUAUUCUAUAAACUGUGACAACCAGUCUCAUUUAUUUGUCGAGAUCGUUAAAGACACCACUCAACUAGGAAGAACUUAUUGCAGUGGGCAUGGAGGGGAUCACUGGGUUGUGUCUAGUUCUAUGGCUACUGCUGUGCUUUCUCCAGGCGAUACCGUAUGGUUGAGGGUUUAUAGUAUAAGUGGAGAUCAGGCUACAAUCGGGGGUGAUACAUCUUUCACGGGAUUUUUGCUUCGCCGAUUUUAAUCAUAAUUUCAAUGCGAGUUCUGUAUUUGAUUAUAAAUAUAAUUCUUUGGAUUCUGAACAAUAUACUCUUGUAAAUUUAGUCAAUU